AAACUCUGAGAGAAAAUCUUCAUAGCAUCACUACAACAAGAACAACAACCAAAAAAAAAGAGCUUAACAAAAACAAAUCUUACGAAAAUAAAAAAAAAAACUGAAAAAGAAAUGUUUUAUAGUUCCUUUUUUAGCAUUUCCUUUUUGGUUAUAUUCUACAAAUAUACUACCACCACAAUUUAACAGAGUAAAAGAAAUCCACUGAGACUCACUACGUAAAGGAAAAAGGCAAGAAAUGAACUCAAAUAAAAAACAGACGAGUCUUUUUUUUCUUUUAAGAAACAAGUUUGUAUUUAAUAAUAAUUGCUGAAAUAUACCUAAAAGCAGGCUACAGUUUAAACAACUUCUCUGUUGUCUUACUAUGGGCUUCUUGUUGAAUAAAAAAAUUAAAUUGCUUGCAGCAUCCCCUUAAUUAUAUUAACAAUAGCAUAUUAUUAUUAUUAUUUAUUUUUUCCUUUUGAACUGAAAAAAGAAAGAAAAAAUAAAUUUAAUCUAUUUGUCUGAGAAAAAAUAUAGACUGUUGAAAAAAAAACUUUUAUUUGUUUUGGUUUGCUCUCUUUUCUUUCGUGACACGAAAAAAAAACAAGAUAAACUUUAUUAAGAAAAAUAACUAAAAAUAAAUGCUUUUCAGAGUUUGUAGUUGAAACUUAAUAAAAAGAAAACAACACACUUAUAUAUAAAAUCUAGGAUACUGUGUCAUUCAUUUCGACCAGUAUUAAUAUAAAACGGAUGUACGAGUAAAUGACCGGAAACUAACAUUGUUAUGUUCAUGAAGCUAAACUCACACACUUAUACACAAUGAAAUAAAACAAAAUGUUGACAAAAACAAAAAAAAAUAAUCAAGUGUACACAAUAAUUUUAGAGAAAAUUUAUGUAUAAAGAAAUAAAGAAAAAAAAUUAAAAUAAAAAAAAACCUAAAAAGGAAACUCAAAAACAUAAAUUUGAUUAAAUUAAUUCGAAUUUUUACAAAAGGAUGUGAAAGUAAAGAACUGGACUAAAAUUAAAAAACUAUAGACAUAAAUCAACAAUAAAAAUUACUACUAUAAUAAUGUUUCCCCAGACUAUACAACAACAAGUAAUUAAAAUCAAACAAUUCAAUUAAAAGUCGUGCAAAAAUAAUCUCCAUCAACGUUCGUUGUACAACAUUGAAAUUGUUAUAAAAAAAAGUAGUGAAACAAAUCAACUACUUUCUACUACUAUUCGUUCUCGUACAAGUGUAAUUAACAUUUUUAACAAGAAUUUUUAAAUUCAAAUAAAACUAAGAGGGGAGAAUUUAAUAAACAAAAAAACAAAAUUACCUACAAGAAUAAAAAUAAUUGUAACAUUGUCAUCAUCAAUGUCACCAACAUCUACAGCAACAGCAAAUACAACAACGUCUACAUCAUCCACAGAAUCAGUAGCAGCAGCAUCUGUCAGCGGUGUAAAUAAAAGAAAUUAAAUCGAAAUUAUAGAGGGCAAUUAAAAAGCGUUUAAUUAAGUAAACGCUGUUCAAACCAAAGAAAACAACUAAACAACCACACACUCAAGCUUUCUCAUCUGAACGCCAAACAUCACCAGCACCACAGCAACAGUUGCAGCUAAAAAAUGGGAACCGGUCAUUAUUUUUGGGCGAUAUUCUAUUUUGCCAGUUUAUGUAGUGCAUCACUAGCUAAUAAUGCCAAAAUAAAUUUCCGAGAAAAGGAGAAAAAAGUCUUAGAUCAAAUUUUAGGUGCAGGCAAAUAUGAUGCAAGAAUACGACCCUCCGGUAUUAAUGGAACGGAAAAUUUACCCACGUAUGUCUAUGUCAACAUGUUCCUACGGUCUAUUUCAAAAAUCGACGAUUACAAAAUGGAAUACAGUGUACAGCUGACGUUCCGUGAACAAUGGACGGAUGAACGUUUGAAAUUUGAUGACAUACAAGGUCGUCUCAAAUAUUUGACAUUAACAGAAGCCAAUCGUGUUUGGAUGCCUGAUCUUUUCUUCUCUAAUGAGAAAGAGGGUCAUUUUCACAAUAUCAUUAUGCCAAAUGUUUACAUACGUAUUUUUCCAAACGGUUCAGUUCUGUACAGUAUUCGUAUAUCACUGACAUUGGCAUGUCCCAUGAAUUUGAAAUUGUAUCCAUUGGAUCGUCAAAUUUGUUCACUACGUAUGGCCAGUUAUGGCUGGACUACAAAUGAUCUUGUCUUCCUGUGGAAAGAAGGUGAUCCUGUACAAGUGGUAAAGAAUUUACACCUACCUCGCUUUACACUCGAAAAAUUCUUGACUGAUUAUUGCAACAGUAAAACCAAUACGGGUGAAUACAGUUGCCUCAAAGUCGAUCUACUAUUCAAGCGAGAAUUCUCAUAUUACUUAAUUCAAAUUUAUAUCCCAUGCUGUAUGCUGGUAAUUGUCUCAUGGGUGUCAUUCUGGCUUGAUCAAGGUGCUGUACCAGCUCGUGUAUCAUUGGGUGUUACCACUCUCCUAACAAUGGCUACACAAACAUCGGGUAUUAAUGCUUCACUGCCGCCAGUCUCAUACACAAAGGCCAUUGAUGUUUGGACUGGUGUGUGUUUGACGUUCGUAUUUGGUGCCCUGCUCGAGUUCGCCUUGGUGAACUAUGCGUCCCGCUCAGGUUUGAAUAAAGCUAAUCGGGCCGCAGACAUGCACAAGGAGAAUAUGAAAAAGAAACGACGGGAUUUGGAACAGGCCAGUAUAGAUGCUGCUUCAGAUUUAUUGGAUACAGAUAGUAAUGCAACAUUUGCAAUGAAACCUUUGGUACGUCAUCCGGGUGAUCCAUUGGCAUUGGAAAAGUUGAGACAAUGUGAAGUUCAUAUGCAGCCACCAAAACGUCCAAACUGCUGUAAGACUUGGCUGUCAAAGUUCCCCACAAGACAAUGUUCUAGAUCGAAGAGAAUCGAUGUUAUAUCACGAAUAACAUUCCCGCUGGUCUUCGCCUUAUUCAAUCUGGUCUACUGGAGCACCUACCUAUUCCGUGAAGAGGAGGAUGAGGCUUUCUAAACGCAUGAUGUGAAAGAUGAGGAACUUUACCAUAAUGGCAAUGGCUAUGUAGAAUUCUAUCGAAUGAAUAACCCAAAAGAAAGAAUGAAAGUCAAAAGU